AUGUCUGAUCCCAGGAGUUCAAAGGAAGACAAUUUCUUCAUCUCUCAAGCCAUCCUAAGCAUCGUGUUCUCCACGUCAGCUCUCCUCUCAAAUGUGUUCUUAAUGAUCACCGUAUGUCGAAAUACAAACUUGAAUCAGAGGAUUUGGCAAACGCAUGCGACUUACUUCGUGGUAAACCUGAGCAUCUGCGAUCUUCUGGCCGGUCUUGUUCCCGGAUACGGAGGCCUCUUCUACAAUAUCUCUAUUUUGAGAGGCCAGACGCGAGAAAGCCUCGUUGGUCUCCAAAUUUUAAUAGUUGUUGCUGCUGUCAUGACAAAUAUCGUCUCAUCAUGUACCAUAGUUUUAAUGUCUUAUGAUCGUUGGUUAGCAGUUUCGUCUCCUCUGCAUUACAAAGCUCGGGUGACCAAAGCGAGGAUAAAAGCAGUUCUAGCUUCUACCUGGAUUUAUUCCUUGAUAUUCUCUAGUCUUCCAGUUAUGGGAGUGGCAUUAUCUCUGUUCUCUCUCCUUUACUGCCACCUUCACGUCUCGGUUCCCCUAAUAAUCUUGCCGGUGUUAUAUUGGAAAACAUUGCGAGCUCUUCGCCAUCACAACAAUCAAGUGCAAGAUGUAGCAGAUGAUAAUGGAAGGCAGAAAAUGGACACGGCCCACAGGAAUAGAGAACACAAAAUGGUGUCGGCAUUUCUCUUGAUUCUUGUUUUCUUUUACCUAUCUUUCGGCCCACAGUUUAUCGCUCAAAAUGUUCUUGUUUUUUGCCCAGAUGCCAUAAGUCAAGAAAGUUUUCGUUUUUUCUUGUACGCGUCUAACAAGUUCCUUUUGAUAAAUUGUUGUUUAAACCCCUUCAUCUACGCGUGGAGAAUUCCGACCUACAGGAGAGCUUUCAGGGAGAUUUUUAGUGACUGUGUUCGGCUUCCGAGAAACAGUGUCUCACAGUAA